GAUUUAAAUUUCAGAUUUCUGAAUCAGUUUCAAGAUUCAGAUUUCAGAUUAAAUGAUGGCAGUUUUUCUUAUAAUUUCAUGAUUUUUUUUAUAUUUUUUUUCUUAUCUCUAUUUAAACUUUCUGAUACAAAACUUAAAAUUGGGAUUAAUUUUUCUACUAGCUAUGCUCGAGGUUAAAGGACGGCAGACUGCCAAAUUCAUCGUUCAGAAAACUGAAGAGAUUCUCAAGAUAUAUGACAUAUCACUCGAACAAAUUUUGACUGGAACAUGUGACAACGGCGCAAACAUGUUGGCGGCCAUUAAAGCGUUGGACCAAAACCUUCAGUUGGUUGAAUCUGAAAGACAACCUUUGGAUGACGACGAUAGUUUCGAAUGCAUCAAUGACGAUCUUUAUGAUGAGCUUAUCAAGGAAUUCGAAUCUAGAAUCUGCCUUGUGAGAUGUGCGGCUCACACCUUACAGUUGGCUGUGACGGACGUUAUCAAGCACACAGAUAUUCGAAUUCGCAGCAUAACAAAUGUGGUAAAAAACUGUAGGAAGAUUGCAUACAGAGAUUCAUUUCAUAUGCAUAAUGUGCCUAUUCCACCGAUGUACUCAAAAACAAGAUGGGGAGGAGUAUAUGAAAUGAUUUUCAACCUUUUCGAACACGAAUCCUUUUAUAAAGAUUUAGGAGAUCAGUUUAAGGAGCUAGAUCUGUCUGAACACCGGGAUUUUAUACAUGAGUAUGAGAACGCUCUAAAGCCCUUGUAUAUCUCUACCAAAGAGAUGCAAGCAAAGCAUCUAUCUUUAGGAGAUUUUUAUAUUCAAUGGUUACGUUGCUUGAUGGAAGUUAAACAAUUAACAACCAACGAAUUGGCGAAAUCUCUGAUCAUUUCAUUAACUACGAGACUUCAGCAACUGAAAAACAAUUUUGCCUUUAAAGCCGCUUUGUUGAUUGAUCCCCGGUUUAAUUAUUUAUCUUCAGCUGUUUUCAUGCCUGAAGAGAAGGAAUCAAUCAGGAAUUUCAUCAUUGCAACAUCAAAGAGAAUACGUGCAUUGAAACCCGUCGAACCAGUGGUAGCCACGCCUUCUGUACCCGAGCCUGAUACUGUUACUCAAGAUUUAGAUGAUUUUAUGACUGAUCUAUUUGGAGGGGUGCCACCGUCGGCAAAUAACGACAAUGUAGGCCAGGGCCAGGACAGUUUUAUCAAACAGUUGAAUGCAUUAGAUCUCGAGAACCAUCAAAAUCACAAAUAUGAUAUUUGGAAGCACUGGAAGGACCGUAUCAACUCUCAUCCUGAGCUUGCGGAGGUGGCGCUCUCUAUCAUGUCGGUUCCUUCGACCCAGGUGUCGGUAGAGCGCUCUUUCAGUGGGCUGGCGUUGGUGUUGUCACCUGCUCGCACAAAUUUAACAGCAAAAAAUUUGGAAAAUAUCCUUCUAGUUAAACUUAAUAGCGAGUUAUUAAAAACCAUUAUACCUAACAUGUACGAUUGGAAGCAGUAUCAGGGACUAAGCGCUCUGCUUGAAUAAAAAUAAAAUCAACGAAUUUAUUUCAGAAAUAAGGCAUAUUAUCAUUAUUUGGUCGAUUUUUUUAGUUGUACUGUUUUUGUCGUAUUUGUCAUGAUUUUUGUUUGUUUUGUUAUAUUUUUGUGA